AUGAGAGAGUGGGUGGAACUGGGACAAGUGUUCACGUCCGAGGACAUCUGUUGGACUGAUGGAGAAUGGCACUGCCAGGAGCUGGGGAAUAAACUGGCGUGUAAAGAAGGCCACAGCGGUCCAACCUAUGAGUCCAUGCAGGCUGUGUUUGACCUAAAAAACUUCAGGCCAGCAGUGAACCUCAGCAAUCCCACCAUAACUAACAUCUCCUUCACCCUGUAUGCUGUCCUGGGGGUGAAUGAGAAAACCCAAAUACUUACUACUUUCUUGUGGCUGAGACUGUACUGGCAACACGAGUUUUUGGUUUGGGACCCUGAUGAGUGUGACGGCGUUACCAGGAUUUCUCUCCCUGUGAGGGAACUGUGGACGCCAGACAUCAUCGUGUAUGAGUUUGUGGAUGAUGACGUUUCCCAAGCGUGCCCUUACGUCUACCUCAAUCACACAGGUCGCAUCCGCUGGGACAGGAUGCUGCGGCUUGUCUCAGCCUGCAACCUGGAGAUCUUCAGUUUUCCUUUUGACGUGCAGAACUGCACAUUUACAUUUGGCUCCUACAUGCACACCAUAAGGGACGUGAGGAUCACUCCAGCCCUGACUUUUAAGCAGAUGUCUGAAAACUCAAAGCGUUACCUGGAAGCCAGUGGAGAGUGGGAGCUGGUGGACAUACUGGGAGAGACCUCCAUCCUCAAGUUUGGGGUCGAUGAGUGGGACAUCAUCACGUUCUGGGUGGUCAUAAAGCGACAGCCAAUGCUCUACGUGGUUAACCUGCUGAUCCCCAGCUCCUUCCUCAUGCUCAUCGACAUCCUAUCCUUUUACCUGCCCCCCCAUAGCGUUGACCGCGCCUCCUUCAAGAUGACCCUCAUUCUGGGCUACACCGUCUUCCUGCUCAUCAUGAACGAUCUGCUGCCAAGCACAGCAAAUGGCACGCCCAUCAUAGGUAUCUAUUUCUCAGUGUGUCUGGCCCUCAUGGUCAUCAGUCUCCUGGAGACAGUCAUCAUUACCAAUGUCCUACACCACAGCACCAUGAAAUAUAAAGAGGUUCCAAACUGGGUGAGGGUGGUUGUCCUCAAACACAUAGGAAACCUCAUCUGCUACCGUUUUCCGGAGGACAUACAGCCCCCUUAUUUAUCACAGAUGGAUAAACCUGAAAAUUCAAAUGGCGUUCCAGAGUCAUGUAUCAUCCAACCAGCCAGCCAGAAACCUACCCAGCACCCAACAAUCAACGGAGCUGCACUGCCUGAACUGCAACAGAUCUGUCAAUACCUCGGCGACCUUCGUGCCCACCUCACCUCGCUACAGAAAGAGAGCGAGCUGCAGGGACAGUGGUGCCAUGUAGGAUAUGUACUCGACUUACUGCUCUUCAGGAUCUAUCUGCUGCUCAUUUCAUGUUACGCCCUGGUCAUCAUCUGCAUGUGGUGCAUCUGGAUCCACCAGACCUCUACGGACGUAAGGAUGAUUCAAGGCCCCACGCCUGAAGAGAUCCUGAAGGAGUCCCAAGAUGUGUUACAGACCAAUGGGGAGUGGGAGCUCACAGGUAUCAGUGUAGCUACUUCUACCUUGGAGUUAAAUGCGGGAGGCUACUCUGUGAUCAAAUACUAUAUCAUUCUGAAACGUAGGCCAAUGCUCUAUGUGGUGAACCUGCUGAUCCCCAGCUGCUUUCUCAUCACAGUGGACCUCUGUAGCUUCCUGCUGCCUCCCCAGACUGUGGACCGGUCCUCCUUCAAGAUGACCCUCAUCCUGGGAUACACCGUCUUCCUGCUCAUCAUGAACGACCUGCUGCCUGUCACUGGGGAGACAACACCUCUCAUCAAUGUUUUGUUCUCCAUCAGCCUCGCUCUGAUGGUUAGCAGCCUGUUGGAGACGGUGUUGAUCACUAAAGUCCAGUGCAACUCCAGUCAGUACAGGGCAGUGCCUCGCUGGCUCAGUGUCCUCGUGCUACGAUAUCUAGCUGUUGUUGUUUUUCUCCCUCGGAAGAAAAAGAGCAACAAAACCACUGUCUUCCUCAACCCAUCUCUUAGAGUCUUUGGUGAUACACUACCAGUGAACCCCCCCCCAGAGCCAGCCCUGGAUGAACUGAGGAAGCUGAGCAGAGAUCUCCUGGCCAUACGUCUCCAGGUAGACAAACACUCCCAGGGGAACCAAACCUCGCAGGAAUGGCAUAUGAUCGGGACAGUGAUCGACCGGCUGCUGUUCGGCUUGUACAUUGUCUUCAUUGCUGUAAGCUUCAUCGCCAUCAUAUGUAUCUGGAGCAACCAAUCUGCAGCAUGAUUUAACCAGAGGGUUAUACGCAUGAUUGACAUAUGCUGUAUUCCGACAUGUGGCACGUUGAUAACUCUGUCAAGGAAUACAAUGUAAGCUUCCGGAUCUCGAGAGUUGUAUUUGUCAGAGAUUUCAUGAACAUGACUUUUCAUUUAUACAGAUGGGGUUUUAGCUUUAAAUACCUUCAUUUCUCCUUGCAUUGACUACUGUCUGCCACCAACCAAAAUAGUGGCGAAAGUUGCUAAACAAAUGUUUUUAUGUAAAACCAUAUAGCGGCUCUGGAAGGAGUACUGUACUUGGCGCUUUGAGCUGAAUGCUAAUGUCAGCAUGCUAACAUGUUCACAAUGACAGUGCUAACAUGCUGAGGUUUAGUAGAUAAUAAU